AUGCAUCGGAGAACAGUUUUCAUGACGAUAUCGAUCGUCAGAGGUUUUGAAUGGCUUGAAUUUCAGCCUCCCGAGAGCAACGUAACCGACGCCAGUUUCCUUCUAGAGACAUGGAAGCUGAGUUGUCAAGUCACCAGCUUCCAGCAUAUAUCAAGCCAGCUGGAGCAGGACAUACUCCCUGUUGACAGAAUCCUGCUUCUCGGCUCUGAGUUCACAUCCCACCUCAAAAACAUCACACACUGCGAGCGUUGCAUAAGGACGUAUAGAGUAACAAACAUGCUGAUGCGGAUCGCAUCACGUUUGGUUUGUUUCUACGAAGCUGCACAUGCAAAUGCCGCCAGUACACAGUGGAGCGCAGCGAUGGUUCCGUCUUCAUCAUCGUCUUCAUCAACAUCAGCAGCAACAGCAGCAUCCUCAUCAUCAUUCGCCACUCAGUCGAGUUCUAAUUCAAGACAAUCCCUGCACUCGCGCCAUGGCACGCGCCAGGGCAGCAGCAUCACAUCUUCGGAGACAAGUGGCGACGAUGAUUUAAGAGGCUACGAGUCUGCGCCGCCACAUAUGAGGCUUGGAAACCUCACUUUACAAGGCUCCGAGGCCCAGUUGCUGGGCCAAGUAGCACUGACGCAUGCGUGCCUGGAUCUCAUUGAGAGACUGCAAGAGUGGAAGUUGGCCAUGGAUGAGAAGUGGGAGGAGGGUGUGCAUGACGAGGGGAUCAAUGGAUGCCUGGACAGGCUGGCCAAAUUGACCGGCUUGCUGCAGUUUGGAGGCAUGACCGGAGAUGUUUCAUGGUGA